AUGGAGAUUGACCCCCAAACCUUGGAUCGGGCGACGGAUUUGAUCAAAUGCUGUCGAGUGCCCCGCAUUCCUUGCAGCAUCGACGACGAACCACUUCAGCGGGUCACCUUCGAGCAGUUCCUGCGGGUGCUGGAUGCAUCGCUUCCGGUGGUCUUCGAUUUGAUUGCCAAAUGGGACACAUCACUGACCGGGUACGAUCGGUACCGUGGAGAAGACAACGCCGAGUUCAAAGCGGAACUGGCACUUGUGAUCGCUCAACAGUAUGUCGAUCGCGAUGGCACCGUUUCGGAGUAUCAAACCGAAUCGAAGCCGCUCAGGCAACGUAUUAGUCAGUUCUAUCAGGGAUCAGAACUCGAGCAGCUAUUGGUCGGAAGGGGCGGUAAUGAGGUUUUGCGUCGACUCUACCAGCACUAUCGGCGCGUUCUGGCGAAAGAUGAAUGGAAAUACCAUCCGGCAGACGUCGGUGGCUUUGUACGGAUCGUGGAACUGCUGUACGGGCCGUACCCGCUCCUAAGCCCUGUCGAGUUAGAUGACGACACAGCGGCGUACAUUCUGUCGGUGGGAAUUACUUUGGUCGAGUUUUUUGAACCCGCGUACCAGCAGAUGGGAUUGCGCUUGUUUUGCGCUCUGCUGGGGUCCCGCCACAAACCCGUCAUGAGGCGUACGAACAUUCAUCGGGUGGUGUACAGCAACGCCAUCAAGCUGACCGCCAAAUGCAAGCAGGAGUUGUUUCUGGACGUACUUUGGAAGUGCAUCUAUCAGUACGUUGAAAUGGAAGAGGGCAACAUGAUGGACUUUUCCAAGUGGAACACGGUAGACGACAUUAUGGGGACGCUGCUGGACGGACUUAUGUUUGAGUCGAAGUUGAGCACAUCGAGCAUUUACUUGCUGUACCUGCUGAAGCUGCUGGCUAUCGAUUUGCCAAAUUACAUCAUCGACGAGCUGGACGAGAUACAAUCGAUCGACAAAAAAUGCCACCUCUACGAGGGGGUGUGCGAGCAGCUGCGCCAGGAAUGUUUAGCCGGGUUCCACAACCGUCGGUACUACCGGUGGACGAAACGAAUCAUCGAAAUGCUACCCUAUGAAGCAGUGAAAUGCCAGGGAACUACGCGGGAGCAUGGUAAAUAUUGUCAUGGUAUCAACUUGCUUUUCAUUCUGGUCACGUUCCCCGUUGAACCGGAAGCGCUCCAACAAACCCAUCUAGGCAUGCAGUCGAAUCUGGUAGAGUUCUUGAACACGUUUAAGCAGUACGAGAAACAACAAAGUGUGGCAGCCUCGCGGAAGACAGCCGUUUCGAAAGAUUUCUUGUACUGCCUCAAGGGAUUGGUUUCCGUCAGCAAAACAAUGCUGAUGUUCCUGACCUCGCUUGCGCCGCUCUACUUUCCCGAGCAUCCCGACAUGGCCGCCCUUGGGCAACAGCUGGCAAACGAUUAUGCCGAUUGUGAUUCCAUCAUGUACAAUUGUAUGCAGCAUUUGUUCGAAAAGAUGAGAUAUGACAACGAUGAUGACAAUGUGACAGUUAAAAAUCUACUGGGGAAAAUAUAA